CCCGAGGACAUUGGCCAGUCGCCCAUGGCCUCCAUGCCCGACGGGGACAAAGUCGACCUGGAGGCGUUCAGCGAGUUUACAAAAAUCAUCACCCCGGCCAUCACCCGCGUGGUCGACUUUGCCAAAAAACUGCCCAUGUUUUCGGAGCUGCCUUGCGAAGACCAGAUCAUCCUGCUGAAGGGCUGCUGCAUGGAGAUCAUGUCGCUGCGGGCGGCCGUGCGCUACGACCCCGAGAGCGAGACGCUGACGCUGAGCGGGGAGAUGGCCGUCAAGCGGGAGCAGCUCAAGAACGGCGGCCUCGGCGUCGUCUCCGAUGCCAUCUUCGACCUGGGCAAGUCCCUCUCUGCCUUCAACCUGGACGACACCGAGGUGGCCCUGCUCCAGGCCGUGCUGCUCAUGUCCUCAGGUAGCCGUGGCCGAUUCUGCUCCCCCACAUGCCCCUGGGAGGUGCUGGGAGGGUGGAAUGGGGUGGGCACCCCAGUGCCCGGUGCCCAGGGAACUAUAAGGAUGCAUGGGGUGGGCACCCCAAUGCCCAGAACCCUCAGCAUCUUUGGGGUACGUUGGGUGGGCACCACAAUGCCCAGAACCCUCAGCAUUUUUGGGGUGCAUUGGGUGGGCACGCCAAUGCCCAGACCCUCCAGCAUCUUGGGGGUGUGUUGGGUGGGCACCCCAGUGCUCAGAACCCUUAGCAUCUUUGGGGUGCAUUGGGUGGGCACCCCAGUGCCCAGAACCCGCAGCAUCUUGGGGAUGUGUUGGGUGGGCACCCUGAUACCCAGAGCACCCAGGAUUGGGUUGGCACCCUGGGGAAACUCUGUCCCACUGGUUUUGGGGGAAAGUGGGGUCAGCACCCUAAUUCCCAGUGCCCUGGGGAGCCAUGCCAGGCUUGGGGGAGGAGGGCGGAUUUGGGAUGAGCACCCUAAUUUCUAGUGUGGGGUGGGCACCCUAGUCCCCAGAUCCUUGGGAGUAUGGAGAGGGCACCCCAAUCCCGAGCGCUGCAGCCUGGGGGUGAAAGGAGGGGGGCACCUUAAUCCCCAGUGCCACAACCUGGGGGUGCAAGGAGGGGGGGAACAACCCUCAUCCCCGGGAGUGUGGGG